CGGGGUGAACUAUUCGUAUCCUCCCAAAAUCAAGAUCUAAUUUGAAUUUAGCUGUAGGAAUGACCACAGGAAGUCAGUUCCAAGUCAUGGGCAAUACGAUUGUGCUUUUGAUUGGCACUUCAGUCUUCAACGGUCAUACCAGAGCUCUACUCGAGUCCCUCCUUGGAAGAUCCAGUUCGGCAUCAGUUGUUAAUCUCGGAGAGUCAAUCCAAAAUGUGCCACAUGAAGGACAAGGCCAGAUCCGACGAAUACUUGCCGAAGGAUACAAUCACCAAUCACUUGUUCUUUGUGCUGCCGCUGCCGCUCAAGUGCCGGCGGCAUUGUUACUAUGGAGAAAGAAGCAGAUUAGAGUUUAGCGGCAGUACUUUAGUUUUGUGGAUGAGAUAUUCGCGUCACUCCGGAUAUGUGUA